GGGAACUCCUGUUCCUGCCUGGACUUCGCGAAGGGGGGUGGCGUGUGCAAGCACCUGCUCUUCGUGGCGCUGCGGGUCCUCAAGCUGGACCGGGACGACCACCGGGUCUGGCAAACCUCGCUGGUGCCGUCGGAGCUCGCGCCGCUUCUGGCGAGGCUCGACCGCGACCCGGCCGCGGACGCGAGCGCGGCGAGCGUCGCCGCGGACGCCUCCGUGCUCCGCGGGUACCUGCAGGUGUGCGGCGAGGGUGCCGCAGUGGCCCGCCGCCCGCUUCCCGCCGACUGCCCCAUCUGCUUCGAGGAGAUGCAGGCCGAGACGCCCGCCGCGGCUGCUGCGGGGGCGCGGGAGGCCCAGGUGGAGUUCUGCGGCACCUGCGGCCACAACGUCCACGCGGACUGCCGCGGGCGCUGGGCCGCCGCCUCCCCGAGCGGCGACGCUUGCCCGCUGUGCCGCAGCCCGUGGGGCAAGGCGGCCGCGGUGGACCCCGCGGGGGGGCCCAUCAACCUGGCCGCCUACUCCUCGGAGCAUCGCGGCGUGUCCCUUGCGGCACUGUACCCGGAGACGCACCGCUGGAUCCGCAGGCCCUGGGCCGCCCAGAUGGGCUCCGACUGCCCUGCAUCUGCACUGCGGAUCCGGGCCCUCUCAUCCUCCUCGAUCCCCGAUCCUCCAUCCCCGACCCUUCCCGCAGAGACGCGCCGCCGCGCGGCGCCGAGGGGGGUGCGCGCGGAAACCCGAAAGGGGCUCCGCUCGGGCGGAGUCUGCCCGCUGCCCGUGCAAGCAUGCCGCCGCGGGUAG